AUCCGGAAGUGACCCUCGGCCCAGCAGUUGCCAUGGAAGUGGCCGGGCGCGUUGCUGGGCGGAGGGAAGAUGGCGGUGACUAGCUGGCUGGAGAGUCUGCGGGCUGCCGAGAAGACGGCGCUGCUGCAGGAUGGGAAGAGGAUGGUGCACUAUUUGUUCCCAGAUGGCAAGGAGAUGGCGGAAGAGUACGAUGAGAAGACCAGCGAACUACUUGUGAGAAAAUGGCGUGUGAAAAAUGCCCUGGGAGCCUUGGGCCAGUGGCAGAUUGAAGUGGGAGAGCCAGUGCUCUCAGGAGCCGGGAGCCUGGGAGCCGAGCUCAUCAAGGAAAGUAAUGCCAAUCCCAUCUUCAUGCGCAAGGACACUAAAACAAGUUUCCAGUGGCGGAUUCGAAAUCUCCCCUACCCAAAGGAUGUCUAUAGCGUCUCUGUGGCCCAGAAGGAGCGCUGCAUCAUUGUUAGAACGACGAACAAAAAGUACUACAAGAAGUUCUCCAUUCCUGACCUAGACAGACACCAGCUUCCUCUGGAUGAUUCUGCACUGAGCUUUGCUCACGCCAACUGCACCCUGAUAAUCUCUUAUCAGAAGCCAAAGGAGGUCAUGGCGGCAGAAUCAGAGCUCCAGAAGGAGCUAAAGAAGGUCAAGACGGCCCACAGCAGCGACGGGGACUGUAAGACCCAGUAGCUGUCUGAAGCCUGUGCCUCCAGUGUGGAGGAAGCUGUGAGACGACCAGGCGUGGGCUCUUCCGGCACGGGGCAACUGCUUCUAGGAAUUACCGAGUCUGUGGAGCUGGCUCCUGGACACAGCUUGCUUCUGCUCGUGGUUUUCUUCCUGAGUAAAGUCAUUUGGAGUCGCUCUAG